AUGGUAUUGCGGGGCCCAAACCAGUUACGCACCCACCGCCUCACCCAGCACCUCCAGCUGCUGGAAGAGGAGGAUGAUGACACCAAGACUCACCGUUGUGGCAAGUGCGGCCGCGGGUUUGAGAUGGAGGUGGAGCUUGUGCUGCACCAGGAGAACUUUGCGGGUGAUCAGCAUUGCGAUGCAAAAGUCCCGGCCAAAAUACGCGGCCGCCUUCCCAAGAAAGUGUCUGAGGCUGAGCCAAAGUCUGCUGAGGGAGAGGCAGCUAAUGGAGAGAAGAGUGGAAAAGACGAGGAGAGGGUAGAGGAGUUUGUGGCAAAAUGAGGGAAACGACCGGGUCUACCCCAUAAGGAGGAGCUCCAAAUUCCCUGUCCUGAAGCUGAGUGUGACCUCACGUUCUCCUCUGUUACCCUUCUCUGGGCCCACAAGAAGGAGAAGCACAGGCGGCCGCCUCCACCUCGCAAGACUCACCCCUGCUCUGAGUGCGAAGAAAGCUGUGCUCGACCGGAGCAGCUCAAAGCCCACAUGGCCAGGGCUCACGGCUCUGGCUGA